AACCCUGACCUGGACUCUGAGGCACUGCUGGCCUUGGCCCUGCCGGAACUGGCGCAGAAGCUACAGAGCGGGAAGCUGUCCCCGGAGGCUGCCCUCUUCACCUAUGUGGGAAAGGCCUGGGAAGUGAACAAAGGGACCAACUGCGUAACCUCCUUCCUGGCUGACUGUGAGACCCAGCUGCGCCAGGCCCCACGCCAAGGCCUGCUCUACGGCGUCCCUGUGAGCCUCAAGGAGUGCUUCAGCUACAAGGGCCAGAACUCGACGCUGGGCUUGAGCCUGCAUGAGGGGGCGCCAGCCGAGGUGGACAGCGUGGUAGUGCAGGUGCUGAAGUUGCAGGGCGCCGUGCCCUUUGUGCACACCAACGUGCCCCAGUCCAUGUUCAGCUAUGACUGCAGUAACCCCCUCUUCGGGCAGACCAUGAACCCGUGGAAGUCCUCGAAGAGCCCGGGUGGCUCCUCAGGGGGCGAGGGGGCCCUCAUUGGGUCUGGAGGCUCCCCCCUGGGCUUGGGCACCGACAUUGGCGGCAGCAUCCGUUUCCCUUCUGCCUUCUGUGGCGUCUGCGGCCUCAAGCCUACUGGGAACCGCCUCAGCAAGAGUGGCCUGAAGGGCUGUAUCCAUGGACAGCUGGCAGUGCAGCUCUCCGUUGGCCCCAUUGCCCGGGACGUGGAGAGCCUGGCACUGUGUCUGCGAGCGCUUCUGUGUGAGGACAUGUUUCGCCUGGACCCCACCGUGCCACCCCUGCCCUUCCGGGAGGAGGUCUACGCAAGCUCCAAGCCCCUGCGUGUGGGAUACUAUGAGACUGACAACUAUACCAGGCCCAGCCCGGCCAUGAAGCGGGCCCUGCUGGAGACCAAGCAGAGGCUUGAAGCGGCUGGCCACACGCUUGUCCCCUUCCUGCCAAGCAACGUACCCUAUGCCCUGGAGACCCUGGCUGCAGGCGGGCUGUUCAGCGACGGUGGCCACAGCUUCCUCCAGAACUUCAAAGGUGAUUUCGUGGACCCCUGCCUGGGGGACCUGAUCUUAAUUCUGAAGCUGCCCUCGUGGCUUAAAGGACUGCUGGCCUUCCUGCUGAAGCCUCUGUUCCCGCGGCUGGCAGCCUUUCUCAGCAGCAUGAGGCCUCGGUCAGCCAGAAAACUCUGGAAGCUGCAGCACAAGAUUGAGGAGUACCGGCACUCUGUGAUUGCCGAGUGGAGAGCACUGAAGCUGGAUGUGCUGCUGACCCCGAUGUUGGGCCCUGCCCUGGAUCUGAACGCCCCAGGCAGGGCCACAGGGGCCAUCAGCUACACUGUCCUUUACAACUGCCUGGAUUUCCCUGCGGGAGUGGUGCCCGUCACCACGGUGACCCGUGAGGACGAGGCCCAGAUGGAACAUUACCGGGGCUACUUUGGGGAUAUCUGGGACAAGGUGCUGCAGAAGGCCCUGAAGAACAGCGUGGGGCUGCCUGUGGCCGUGCAGUGCGUGGCUCUGCCCUGGCAAGAAGAGCUGUGUCUGCGGUUCAUGCGGGAGGUGGAGCGACUGAUGACCCCUGAGAAGCAGCCAUCCUGAGGGCCGCCUGCCACUUGGCUCCAAAGGACGUGACAGCACAUGCCCUGUAGCCCAGCCCAACGGGGCACAUGGAGGAACUGCUCAGCAUGGGGCCGAGACCUCACAUCCCCUUCCCUGAGCCCAGCCAAGGGUAGACUCCCCAAGUCUGGAUCUUGCUCCCCUCUCUGUCUCCUUUCCACCCUGACCCCUCACCCUAUGUGGUGGCCAGCAGGUAUGACAGGGCCACGACCACCAACAGUCAAGACACAUUUCCUUGCCUGUGGGCUGCUGGGCUGGACAGGCUGGCUUGACCUUCCAGAGCCAGGCGGCAGCCAUGUCACUCUUCUGCUCCAAAAUCCCCCUGGUGUCCAUCACCCUCAGGAGGGACACGUGCUUGUGUCCCCAGCACUUCACUCCAGCUCUGCUAUCUGGCUUUGCUGGGUACUGCCCUUGGUUCCCCCCUCUGCUUCUCUGCUGGGUGCCUUUCCUGCUCCUCCUCCACUCAGACUUUGGAGGCCCAGCCCGGACCCCUUUCUCUAGGAGGCUUUCUGUGCUGCUUCCGGGCCAGGAAGAGUGAGCUCCUUCCUCCCAGGCUCCCCGUGUGGGCAUCUGUGAUGGGUCUGUCUCCCUGGCCAUUUCUCCUUGGUGGUGGGGACUGCAUUGCUAUGUCUUUGUGUUCUGUGGCCAGUACAGGGCCACAGGAGAGGUACCUGAGUUGGGCUGCAGGGAACCGAGGGGACACAGCUGGCCCUGAGCCGGUGCUGUUGGGUAGAGGAGCCCACAGGUGGGGGGGGGUGGCGGUCGGCAAGCGUGUGAAAAGGCAGGUGGAGCGUGUUCCCUCGCAAGGCCAGUUGAAGCCUGCCCUGCUCCGGGAAGGCUUGCGAGGGGAACUGGAGAACCAGAGAGUUCUCUCAUGUGAGAUAAAGGGAACAAGGGCGUCCCUGGGAGGAAACACCGCAUAUCCAAGACCAGGGUGAGCUUGAGUGAGCAGGGAUGUUGAAUGGGUACAGAGGCAGCAGAGGUGUAGGUGAGGCUGGAUCAAGGUGAACUUGGGUGGCCAGGUCAGCAACUUGAAUUCUGUCUCAAGGGCAAUGGGGACUUGUGAAAGGUUGUCCAGGCUCAGUGAGGGGAGCAGACAGGAUAAGAAUGCUGCUGCUGCCUGUCUGGGGAGAAGGCUGGAGAGGCUGCCAGGGAAUGGGUAGUUGGGACAGAGGCAAGCAUCUCACCUCAGAGUCUCAGCCCUGCCUUCUGCCAGCUCAUAUCUUACAGGCCGAGUUGCCUGGCAGGGAAGGGUAGUUAGUUUUCAGGGGCAGAGGUUUCUUUUUUGUUUUGUUUUGUUUUGUUUUUUUGAGAGAGGGUCUCGCUAUGCAGCUCAGGCUGGCCUUGAGCU